UGGGGGCUGGGAGGGCGGGGGGGUGGGGGAGACCCCCACCCAUCCGCCCUGCUCACCCCCCUCGCCCCCAGGUCGGCAUCUUCUUCCUGGUGCUGGCGGGCAGGGCCGCGUGUGCCACCCCACAGGGCUUCCAGAAGAAGGGCUCGGCGUCGGGGGUCCGCACAGCGGCCGUGCUCUUGGCUGUGCCCAGCCUGGCCUGGCUGCUGGCUCUGCUGUCGGUGAACAGUGAUGCCCUGCUGUGCCACUACCUGUUUGCUGCCUCCAACUGCCUCCAGGGGCCCCUCAUGUUCCUGUCCUGUGUGGUGCUGAGCAAGGAGGUGCGGAGGAGCCUCCGCCUGAGCUGUGCCCGCCGCCACCACCCCCCACUGGCCACCAAGGCCACCCUGACACCCCCCCCCAGGGGGCUCGGGGGGGCUCGGGGCAGCCCAGCCGUGAUGUCCCUGUGCCUGUGCCAGGCGUACAGCGGGGACAGCACAUACGUGGCAGGGCCGCUGUGCCCCCCGCCGGGCGGGGGGUCCUCGGGGUCCCUGCACAGCACAGCCCGGUCAGGCAAGAGCCAUCACAGCUACAUCCCCUUCGUCAGGAGGGAGGACUCGGGGCUGGCGGGCAGCCCGGGGCCGCUGCCUGAGCCCGGGGGACUCUUCCUCGAUGCGCAGGAGCAGCCCGAGGAGCACGACACGGACUCGGACAGUGACCUGUCCCUGGACGACCCGAGCGGCUCCUACGGCUCCACCCACUCGUCGGACAGCGACGACGAGCCCCCCCCCGGCUGGGACCCCCUGCCUGGGGCUCCCCCGGCCCCCCCUGGCCCCGGUGCCGCCCGGAUGCCGCCGGGGUGCCCAUACUGGCCCGGGGAGUUCGUGACGACGGCGAGCGAGAGCGAGGGUGUGGCAGGCACCGAGGGGCUGCGGGUGCAGCCGGCAGGGGGGGCAAGGGGCCCCCCCCGGGGAGACCCUCCCAGGCCCAACGGGGAGGCUCUGCCCAGGGAACCCCUGCUACUGCCCCUGCCCCACCCACACAAAGGGAUCCUGAAGAAGAAGUGCCUGCCCCCCAUCAGCGAGCGGGGGGGCAGUGCCCAGCGCCCCGGGCCCCCACCGCCGCCCCCUGCGGGCACGGCCGCCUCAUCAGGCAGUGACGGGGGUGCUCCCCCGGCCCCCCGGGCCCGGCAGAGCCUCGAGGAGCAGCUGAGCGGCCUCACCCCCAUCGCCAUGAGCAUCCGCGCAGGCACUGCUGAUGAGGACUCCUCUGGCUCCGAGAGCAACGAGACCUCGAUCUAACGGGGACUCACCCAGCGGGAACUGCUCCCCCAGUGCCAGGGGGGCACCAGGACACUGGGGGGGGGGGCACCGGGACGGGGGGGGCACCAGGAUUGGGGAGGAGGGGAAAGGAGCCACAGCCCCCCUCCCUCCCCAUUGCACUUUGGAUCCUGGCAGGGAUUGGCACCUUGGGAAGGGGGGGUGGCAUCAGGUGCCACCCCUCACCCUCCCCCCCAGUCAUCAUCCCCCACGCCUGGCAAAGGGUUUUAUUUAAAAAAUACAUGAAAAUACAAAAAAAAAGGGAUUUAUAACCCCCCACCAUUGUGCCGACCCCCCAACCCCCCCCAAAGGUGCCACCCCUCCCUCAAGGUGCCAACCCCCCCUCCAUUGUGUCAAUUGUGUGUGGUGCCAACCCCCCCCGAAGUGGGGUCAGGUGGGGGGGUGCAGGGAUUUCUGAGCCCCCCAUACUGGCCCAUCCCCCCCCAGGGGUGGGGGUGGGGUUAGGGGGGGCACCCAGGGGUGGGGGUUGGGGGGGGAGGAGAGAGAACCCUGCAUGCUGAGGGGUGGGCAGGGGGGUUUCUAUGGCUGACGGGACCUUUUGUAAUUAAAGCAAAACCCAGAGGG